UGAAUUUUAUUAUACUUACAAUAAAAUAUUUUUGAAGAAAUAUGAUGGAUCUAACCCAAAAGCCCUGCUAACCGAUUCCUAGGAGAACCCUCUUUUUGGAAUCAUAUUCUUUUGCACAUUGAUUUGCUGAUAUUCACUCUGAUCAACAUGGCGUAGACGAUAAUGGUCAUUUACCAUUUACAGAGUGAGGAAAUGCUUGAAACCAGACCCGGGGACAAGAGCCUGAGAAGGGAAACCACAGUGGCCAGGGUGCCAGUGACUUGUUUUUGUUACUGACAAUUUGUCCUCUUCUACUAGUGAACAAGGGCAGGUCAAGGCUUUGCCUGUGCUUCGUAACCCUUUCUAUCGCCCCUGCCCUCGGAUUUCCUGCUUUGGAAUAGCAUCUCCAGCCUCAUCUCUCCAAGAGCAUGGAUUAAGGCUUUCUAACAGUUGAGAAUGAUCUGCUUUUCAGAUAACACCAUCCAGUCGAUUUUCUGCUGCUGUUGCUGCUGUUCCGUUCAGAAGCGACAAGUACGGACACAAAUAAGCCUAAGCAAUGAUGAAGAACUUUCAGAAAAAUACACGCAGCGUCGCAGACCGUGGUUCAGUGAACUGCCAAUUAAGAAGCAUUCCAACAGGGGCCGUGUGCAACCAUCAAAACGCAAGCCGCUGCCUCCCCUUCCACCCUCUGAGGUUGUGGAAGAGAAGAUCAAAGUCAAGGCAUUAUAUGAUUUCCUGCCCCGAGAGCCCUAUGACUUAACAUUGAAGAGAGCUGAAGAGUACCUGAUAUUGGAGAAGUAUAAUCCUCAUUGGUGGAAGGCAAGAGACCGCUUAGGGAAUGAAGGCUUAAUUCCAAGCAACUAUGUGACUGAAAACAAACCAACCAAUUUAGAAAUAUAUGAGUGGUACCAUAGAAAUAUUACCAGAAAUCAGGCAGAACAUCUUUUGAGACAAGAGUCUAAAGAAGGUGCAUUUAUUGUCAGAGAUUCAAGACAUUUGGGAUCCUACACCAUUUCUGUGUUUAUAAAAGCUAAGAGAAAUAUGGAGGCUACCAUCAAACAUUAUCAGAUUAAAAGGAAUGACUCAGGACAGUGGUACGUGGCUGAAAGGCACCUCUUUCAAUCAAUCCCUGAGCUGAUCUGGUAUCACCAGCACAAUGCAGCCGGGCUCAUGUCUCGUCUCCGUUACCCAGUUGGGCUGAUGGGCAGCUGUUUACCAGCCACGGCUGGUUUUAGCUAUGAAAAGUGGGAGAUAGAUCCAUCUGAGUUGGCUUUUGUGAAGGAGAUUGGAAGCGGUCAGUUUGGAGUGGUCUAUUUAGGCCAGUGGCGAGCACACGUCCAAGUUGCCAUCAAGGCCAUCAACGAAGGUUCCAUGUCUGAAGAGGAUUUCAUUGAAGAGGCUAAAGUGAUGACGAAGUUAUCUCACUCAAGGCUCGUUCAGCUCUACGGAGUAUGUAUACAGCGGAAGCCCCUUUACAUUGUGACGGAGUUUAUGGAACACGGCUGCCUGCUUAACUACCUCAGAGAGAGGAAAGGAAAGUUGAAGAAGGAGAUGCUGCUCAGUGUGUGCCAAGAUAUCUGUGAAGGGAUGGAGUAUCUGGAGAGAAACUGCUUCAUCCACAGGGAUUUAGCGGCCAGGAAUUGUUUGGUCAGUUCUACAAGCAUAGUAAAAAUUUCGGACUUUGGAAUGACGAGGUAUGUUUUGGAUGAUGAAUAUAUCAGUUCUUCUGGAGCCAAGUUCCCAGUCAAGUGGUCCCCUCCCGAAGUUUUCCAUUUCAACAAGUAUAGCAGCAAAUCUGAUGUCUGGUCAUUUGGAGUUUUGAUGUGGGAAGUUUUUACAGAAGGAAAAAUGCCUUUUGAAAAUAAGUCAAAUUUGCAAGUUGUAGAAGCUAUUUCUAAAGGCUUCAGGCUCUACCGGCCUCAGCUGGCACCAAUGGCCAUAUAUGAAGUCAUGUACAGCUGCUGGCAUGAGAAACCCAAAGGCCGCCCGACGUUUGCUGAGCUGCUGCAGAUGCUCACGGAAAUUGCAGAAACCUGGUGACCUGAAGUGAAUGCCAACCCAGGGGAUCAUCAUGCAAGACUGUCACGGAAGAUCACCGAUGGUGAAUAUCUUCCAGGAGGGUCGCCGACUCUCGGGAACAGUGCAAAGAUCACAGGCUUUUCAAACUUUUGAGAGUUUAAGGCUAUUCUGACAAUUUUUCUACAUGAGCAUUUGAGAGAGACUUCUAAAUGCUGAUUUCUCGGUCAUCUUCUGCAUGUCCCAUAUGUGACGAAGGGAAAAAUGCUGCAUAGUGGUCUUCACGGUGGCUGCUCUUCACGAGAAGAGCCUGAGGGUCCCCAGGGAUGUGUGAAAACCUGAUCCUUUUCUAAGGAAGAGCCUGAAGAGGAGGAACUUUUUUUUUUCUUUUUUCUUUUUGGCUGUCCUGAGGCAUAUGGAGUUCCUGCGCUAGGUAUCAGAUCC